AUGAACACUGCUGAGCCGUUUGGAAGUCACCUUUUGAGAGGCUCUGUGCGUCUUUCGUGCUUCCUCGACGCUUCAAUUCAAGAGUCAAGAGCCGCACAACGACCACGGCCAUCAAGGUUACCCAACUGUGUUCUAGAGAUUGCGCCUCUCCGCCGUCAUCCUUCCAGAUCUGACGAUGAUUUCUCGUCGUAUGCUAAAAGAAUACGGAAAUGGCUGGAUGCAUUGCUGAGGGAAGGAUCCUCUGAACCACCAGAAGAGGAGGAUGUCAGCCCCGAUGCUGCCACUAAGAAAAAAUUGGAACGAAGGAAAAAGCUUCUUGCCGUUUCUUUCUUUGCCGUUGUCUUGACGGCCUAUCUUCGAUUCUCGAAACGCCGUCGAAAUCAUAAUAGCAACAAAGACAAUAAUAAGCAACCGUUCUGGCCGAUUGGUUUGUUACUGGCGUGGUGGAACGGUCCCGAGUAUCUACAAUCGCCGCAAUCAUCGACCAUGUCUCUGCUAUGGAAUGCCGCCCGCGAUGGAGUGAUUCAACGAGCCAUGAUUGGAUCCUCGGCCAUUUUCUUUCAAACCAAACGAACUUCCUCCUCGGCCGAUAUGCAUAGCUUGCAAUGGAAUCGAGCCGUAUUGCCACUCAACAAUAAUGACUCUUUCAAGACGGGUCUUCUCGAGGCAUUGACCAAGGGUGGAUGUACCGAUAUUCAGGCCGUGCCAGAAUCCAUUUGGUCUCGAUUGGCAACCCCCGUCUUGACGGCGUUGCCCUUUGUCUACUUGCUCUUGGUCUAUCGCAUGAUGAAGACUCAUUUUGGAGGUGAAGACAUCAACUCCAAAUUGUUCACCAAUGGAACCCGACGGCUCUCGCUGUGGGGAUUGGUGAUGAAUGGUGGUAGUGGUGACGACGAUAAAGAAGAUCGGACCACCUUUGAAGAUGUGGCUGGAUUGGCUUUGGUUGUCGAAGACAUGAGAGAAGUCGUGUCGUACUUGUCCAAUCCAACGCUCUACAACGCAAUGGGAGCACGGCCUCCCAAAGGAGUCUUUUUGCAUGGUCCACCAGGAAGUGGAAAAACGCUACUGGCACGAGCUAUCGCUGGAGAAGCUCGCUGUGAUAGCUUUACAGCCUUGAGCGGCUCAUCCUUUGUGGAAAUGUACGUUGGGAGGGGCGCCGCACGAGUGCGGUCGCUCUUUGCCAAGGCACGAAGAGAUGCUUUGAACCGUCGAAAACUCAAACAAUCUGCACUCUGGUGGUCCUCCAUGUUGGGAUUUCCUCCGAGUACUACUACUACUAACUCCCAACAACUAGAGGCGCAACGACCCGCCUGUGCCAUUAUUUUCAUUGAUGAAUUCGAUGCCGUGGCCAAGGCGCGAUCCAAAGAUGGAUUUCUGGGCAAUGAUGAACGAGAACAAACACUCAAUCAACUACUCACCGAAAUGGAUGGCUUUGAUUCUGGCUCUUCCAAAAAGAACAGCAACGAUUCCAAAGACGAACAAGUCACGUUGAUUGUGAUUGCCGCCAGCAAUCGUUUGGAUGUCAUUGACGAGGCUGUUUUGCGCCGAUUUGAUCGACAGAUAUUUGUGGGGUACCCCGAUGCACAGGGACGAGAAGAAAUCCUGUUGUUGCAUGCCAAAAAGACAAAGUGCUCACCCAACGUGGACUGGACCCUGCUGGCAUCGGAUACCUACACUGACAAUUUCUCUGGAGCAGAUCUUCAGAAUGUGGUCAAUCAUGGAGCUUUGAAUGCCAUUCGAGAAAAGCGUGACGUCGUGGAGCAAUCGCAUCUGGUUCAGGCUGCGCAGCGGAUCCAACAGCAAAAAGCCAAAGUGGGACGACAGUCCAUGCCAUCUUUCUUGACGUUGAUCGACUAG